CCUAACCGUUCCGGUGUGCAUGUCUUCUGAGCACUCCGCCUGCACAUGCAACCGCAAGACACCAAGGGCGUCUCGCAGUUCGACUUCUUGUCGGCGUCAGGUAAAGACGAGUUUCUUUUCUGCAGCUUUUUUCCCUCCAGUGUUCCGACUGCUUUCGUUCAACUUUCUUCGGUAGGUGCGGACUCGACGAAGAAACUCCGUGGCUAUUUAGCGUGGGUUCGAGUGACGCGUUUGUCAGCUGGUGCUGCGAGAAAUUCACCUCUCGACGAGAAUCCUUCUAGAGGAAUUGCGUUCGGGUGCGCGCCAGAAUUGUUUUCGAAACAAGAGCUUUUCGCGGACUUUCCUCGACAGCUCCGCGAGUGCGUUGCCGUUGCACACUGCCCCCUGCGCUGGGGGCUUUGCUUUCGGGACUUCUCGUUCUUCGAAGUCCGGCGAAUGAUGUCUCAGAGAGAGACUACACACUUCCUUUGGCGUAACGGCGCAUGGGAGAGAACCUUCUGCAGGCAGCAGCGCCCUUCGGCGUGUAUGUACAGCUCCGCGGGCCAACCGCUAGGGCGGUGACAGACGCAGACAGGAAGAGGGAAGACCUGACGUUUUCUUUCAACUCUCUCACUUUUCUCGCUCUCCAGGUUUGUCUCAGUUUGGUUCCCGUCCACUGCAGACAUCAUUCGUUACUGCCACUGAAAAGAGAGAACUUGUUCUUCCUGCCUCGCCUCUUCUUGCUGGCCCGGGCCUCUGCGUUCUCCGCUGGGGUGGACCGCAGUCGGCUGCCUGCGCCGCUGCUCUGGGGUGUACAGGCUCCUCUGCUCGCAUCGUAACACUCAGUUUCGUGUGGUCUUCCCAGGAUCCUGAGGGCGCCUUCGUUGCAUGCGUUUCUCAGGAAUGCUAGCCACGGUCUCGCGGGGUCCCUGAGGGCUCUCGCGAGCGAGGAGAAGGGAGAAGACACGCAACGCGUCUCCGCCUUCUGCCUCCCGAAGAGCUCUUGUCUUUCUCUUCGUUCCGCUGUGCUUCUUUCUUUUCUCCACCUGUCCUCUGUUUCACUCUCUUCUCCUCUCUCUCUCUUCGUGAAUGCGCCACUAUACCGGAGAAACGGGGUCCGAGCCUCCGUCGCGGCGCAGGAGAAGCUUCGAGUGUUCCGUCCAAGCUUCUCUCCCUUCUUCGCAUCUCCGCCCUCCGUCUCUAAACGGACUUCUGAUCACCUUCGUCCCUUCGCUUUCGUCUCUCGCCUCUCACACGCUUCCAUGCCCAACUUCUGCGACUCGUCAACUCGUCCGACGCCAUGAAUUCCUUCCAGGACUUUGCGUUUCUCCUUGCUGUCCCCGCAGUGGGCGGCGAGAGCCUUCUUUCGGCCUCUAGCGAUUCAGAACAAGAGCCUGCAGCCGAGCGAGUUGCGGACGCGCGCGCCAGAACUCCAGGUGUACGUACACUGCACUGCUUCGCCUCCAGGGGUGGAUGCGCCUCUCGACCCGCACAAGGCCUGCGGCAGGUCGCCCCGCAGGAUACAGCCGUCUCCGCGCAGCGUCGGGAGGAGACGGCACUCCUCCGCUCGCGCGCGAGUGAAGUCCGGAGACAGCGAGCUCGGAGAGGGGUCUGUCGCGAGGUCUCUUCGUUUUCUGCAUACCCGCAGGGACAAGACAGAGAAGACGCUGCCAAGAAGCGCGUGACCAGACAACGCGAAGCCACAGCUGCGGCGAUUGCUGCAGAGAAGCGGAACGUGGAGCUCUACAGACAGCGGAGGAGGCAAGCGGAAGAGCGGGCGGCGGCGCUGAAGGCCAAGGCCGAAGCAGCAGUUGCACGGGAGCGAAUGGAGAAGAAGCGAGAAGAAGCGAGGCAGGCCGCGAUCGCGUCUGAGCGUCGGAAACAGGAGGCGCAGCUGCAUCGCGAACUCGAGGCCCAGUUGGCGAGAGAGAAGAAACUGAGGCGCGCCCACCAGGAAGAAGUGCAGGCCUCGAGGGCCCUUGCGGCGCUGCGGAGGCUGGAGGAGGCGAGGGAGGCGGAGAGACUUGCGGCGGAAGAGAAACAGAGAAGAAGAGAACUCGUCCGGCAGAUGGAGAGACACCGGACGCAAGCUUGCGUCCGAGCGGCGGAGCGACAGCGUCAUCAGGAAGAGCGGCUUUUCUCAGCACGCGGAGAGGAGAGAAGAGAACAAGGCAGGCGAGCGGAGGGAGAUCCGAGAGGAGAUUCAGGAGACGACAGACGCGAAGCCAGACCAGCAGCAGUGUCUCGCUCGGCAGAGGGGAGAGCGGCUGUCUGUACACCUGAGGUGACGAGGCUGCAGCGAAGACCCAAACACGAGGAGACGCGAGGGCGCCUCAGCAGCAGCACGCUCCGCAGGCUGCAGACGAGACAGCGAAACUUCGCGAGUUCUUUUCUUCACCGCCAAGGCGUCGGCCUCGAUGUGCCUGCGCGCCGCGAUGCUGAGCUGGGGUGUCGAGACACCCGAGACGCCCCUUCGCCUUGCAUGUGUUCCCCGCGUUCUGGAUCAGCUUUCGUGCAACGGCAGCUCCGCGAGGCUUUGACGAACUCUCGCCUGGAGACCACACGAAGAGAGAAACAGCGAAACGCCGACUCGUGCGCUCCACCAACACAAGGUUCUAGGCGAAACUCGCAUAUUUCCUCCAGUGUAUGUACACCCCGUUCCCCCGCCUUCCCACCCGAAACGGCGGGGCUUCUACCAGGUGUACGUACACCGCAGCUUCGGCCGGUGGGGGAGCCGAGAGCUGCGCAUGCUUCUUUUUCACUAGUGAGAAACCGCGAGAACCUUCCACGCUUUUCGACUUCCCCGACUUCUUCUGUUGAUAAUUUUCGCAUUCUUGAGACAGCCGAGAACUCGCCGAAGGCGUCCGCGUCUCGCGGUGGCGAGCCUGGCGGCGGCCUCUGUCCCUGCGCAGGCAGACCGAGUGAAACAGAGAGCAUCGAAGAAGAGGAAGGACGAGGAGCGCAGAGACAGACGCCAAAGGUGCGAAGGCCAUGGCGCCUGCGCGACAAAACGGCGAAGGAGAUUUUCGAUCCGGAGAACACCGAGAAUGUCCCGAAUGGGAUGGAGCGUGACUGCUUUGAGAGCACGGUCUGUGAGCUGCUUCCUCGGUCGAGGCCCGAAGCCACCCUCAUCUCGCAGGAAUACAGCGAAGAGGAGUUCUGGGCGUCGUCGGGUGACUCUGAGUUUGACUUAGAGACUGGCGAUGGUUUCAGUGUUGAGCCGACUGGCGUACCUCCUCGAGCCUUCGCAUGGCCUGCCGAGAGCCUCCUGUCUUUCUCGGGUGUGUCGUCUCAGACUGCAAGAACAGCUGUAUCUCUGGAGCGCUCUGGGCGGGGCGUCUGUGGGAGACACGCGAGAGAAGCGUCAGAGGAAGCCUUGCCUUUUGCAGCCUUCGCAGCCUCUUCGGCAGAGAAGAAAGCCGCAGAAGACAGGCACGACGAAGAGCCUGCGAGGCGGCGUUACGCGGAGGAGCAAAGAGCGUUUGGAGCCUGUUGGAAGGAGAACUGGGCCGCAAACGCGGGAAGGCGUCGUGGAGAGUUUACGCGCGCGGGGCAACCAACGCAUGCAAUCGAAAGCGCGCCACUCCCGUGCUCCUGUGGCGCGCUGCCUCGCGAAUUCUCCUUUGCAAAGCUGCAGUCGUCGCCUUGCGUCUGUCUCGCUUCUGCCUUCGCUAACGGCUCUUCCGACCCCUCUCAGCGCUCUUCUCCGACUCGUCCCUGCGCGAAAAGGCCUGCUGCGGAGACAGGUGUCUCUUUGUGGGGAGCGCGCGGGAGGGCAGAGAGUCCAGAAGGCCGUGCAUUUAAGGCAAAUCAUCCCGAGGAGGCGGAGCAUUCGUUCGGCGAGAAAAGGUCUUUUUCGCCUUGUUCGCUCUCGGGACAGGGGACUGCGAGUGGGUCCCCGACCUUUGGACGCCACGAGGGACUCACAGAGAUGCUUUUUCCCCACACAAACGGAACAGCAGCACAAGAAGACGACGAAGACGCAGAGGGAGAAGAAGAAGCAGAGAGGCUAGAGGCAGAGAGAGAAGAAGCAGAGAGAUACGACGAGAAGGCAGAGGGUGUCUGGGCAUGGAGGGAGGACGCGGCGUUUGGCCGGGAGACGGACUCCCCACGUAUCCUUUCCGCAGUCACCUGUGCAUGCACUCGCACUGUCAGUUCUCGCGUCUCUCCGCGAGCUUCUCUCUGCUCCAGUACGCCGCCCUUCGCGGAGCUUCCUUCUCUUCUGCAGGGGCACAGUUCGCGAGAAGGAGCAGUCGAAAAGGUCCUUGCGAAGCGAGAGGCGGGGGAAGCGGACACAAAUGAUGACUCGCAGGCUGCGGUCCCGAGUGGGCCGGGAAAGAAGAUCUUCGACUUCGCCGCUGAGGUGUAUCUCCAGCAGAAGCAACACGGAUCCGGAGGCGGAGGUCGCGGAGACAGAACGCCUGCUUUGCUCAGGGAAGCAGACAGGGGGAAAGGCGCAAGUGGAAAGGAAGUCUGGGGUGCCCAACAGACAACAGUCGCGCGUCUUGACAAGACGCGCCAGGAGGUGUGUUGCUCUGUGCGAGUCUCUUCAGAGGCGUCCGAGAAUCGUUUUCACCGACAGAGAGAACCUGCAGGAAUCGAAACUCACACCUGGCUGGCACCGAGACACACCUGUGCUUCUGCCUCAGUUGAGAAUGUGAAAGAAACUUCCCUCAAGUGGCCUCCGUCAGGUGUCUCGACAGCGUCUCUGUCCGAGAACGAAAUGAAAAACGGGAGUCCUGCGCCGACCGCAGUUGCUGAAGCGUCUCGGCCUGUGUCUGGGCAGGACGGCGAGGCAGGACGCAGUACGGAAGCAGAGCUUCCUUCUCUCUCAGCAGGUGCUGACCGUGUCUUUCCAACGUCUCUGCCUUCCACCCAAGUGUCUCUGUCGCCCUCGUCUCCAACGCUGCAGAGUUCCUCCGCGGCGCUGCCUUCUUGUGUUCCUCCCGUUCUGUCUCGUGGAUCUCUUGUCGGGUAUGCAGGUUUCCAAACUCAAGAGUUCCCCGACUCUGCAGCAGGCGCGAGAAAAAGAGACACCCCAGAGGCCGCGAACUCGACCGCGCGCGAAGCAACUCUGUGUGGCUUGUCUCCUCGAGGCUUCCUGGACGCAGGUCACGCUGGAGGAGAGAAGACGACGGGUGAAAGCUGCGAGGUAGCGCCGAGAGAGGACUCUGGCAAAGCCUGGGCCGUCGGCAACGCGAACGCACAAACAAGAAGACGGUUCGGAGUCGGCCGUACUCUGCUUCUCUCCUCUUCCCUCCUCUCCGCUUCCCUCCUCUCCUCUUCGUUUUCUUCUCUUCUCUCCUCGUCACUUCAAUCGUCGUCCAGCGCAGACACCACCCACGGUGUUUCCUCGCCAGUGCGGACGGCACAACAGCGAAGAGAGACGAAUGGGGCCGAGAGCAAGAGGACUGCGUACGCGUCAGGAGGACGGAGGCAAACAGAGUGGCAACAGACACAAACAGAAAGACCCGUCGCAGAAUGCCAGUCCUCGCCUGCCUCCCGCCUCUCCUCUCGUUCGUUUUCUCCCUAUUCUCCCUCUGCUUCCUGUUCUCUCUCUUCUUCCUCCUCUCGCUCUGCUUCCUCUGAGAGCCGGAGAGGUCGACGCUUCCGAGCGCGAGAAAGGAGACAGCGAGGAGAGGAACCGUGGAGGAAAAUGCAGACGGCAGGGGACUGCGGGAGAGACCCGAGUGGGAGGAGACAGCUCGCUGAAGAGAGAAGAGAAAGCGGGGCGCGAAGGCGACUCAUCCCUCGACAGCGGGCAAACGCGACAGGUGUUCGAGGCGCCAGGAAAGAGAGAGAAGAAAGAAAGAGAAGAGAAGCGCAAAGAAGAGAAAACGAAGACGACGGCCACCAAGGUGACGACGAAGAUGGUGGAGAAGAAGACGGAGAAGAAGAAAAAGAAGACAAAGGAGAAGACAACGGAGAAGAAAGAGAAAAAACCGGGCGAAGGAAAGAAUGAGUUUGACAGAAAAAGGAGGAGGUUCAGAAGAAGAUGAAGCAGACACAGAGAGCACGAGAUGAAGUGAAGGAAAUGUGUUGACUGUCUUUGGGGCAAGACAUGCGAUACGCAUGUUGUCUUUCUUCUCUCUUCUCUCGUUUCAUGGUACCUUCCGCGUUUUUCUUGUGUCUCGACAGAAUUGCAAUUUCCGUUUUUUCUGCCUUCUUUCUCCCCUCGCCCGUUUUCUGCGAACUAGCAGGGCGAACGCGCUUUGUUAAAAAAUUGAAAUCUCAAAAAGUAAAGCGUUUCGUUCGAUAAUUAAAACUGUGUUUUGAAGGUGAAAUGGUUUCUCCGAACAACAACCUGUCUGGUCUCCGAAAGGCGGCCACUCCCCUUGUUUU